AUGAAUCACAAACCAUUUUAUAACGGACCAAAAGUAACAAAGGAAGAUCUAGAAGAAGAAUUUGACAAAACAAAGUGUCAUCUCAAAAGUAGCUGGGACGAACUCACAGAUGGGUCACAAUAUACAGAGGAAAAGUUGCUACACAGACGAACAAAACAGGACAUGUGCAAAUCAAGAUUCUUCGCAGACGGUAGUAAAAAGAAGCAGACCGGUAUACUUUUUAAGGGCACGUCUAAAAAGGUGCAUACAUAUAUCGACAGUACAGCUGGGGAGUUCUUAUGCCGGGAAAAGGGGUCCAUCCCAAUUUAUGGAAAAUUAAAAACUUUUAAAAAAAGAAAAAAAAAUCCACAUAAAGGUUUUUAUUUCAGCCACGUUAUAUCAAAUAUGGAUAGUGCACCACACACACGUGAUGGUAGCACCUAUAGUGUUAACAUGGAAACCCCCUUUGCGUACCACAACAAGAGGAACUACGACGCCAGGGGGAUUAAUCCAGACACUGCAGAAUUAACAACAGCCAGGGAAAAAAACCUAGAUGAGAAGGCAACCAUUUCGUGCAGCUUCCAUGGGAAUAGUAAGAACGAUGAUCCGCACAAUGCUGAACACACCACUUGUGUAAAAGUUGGAAGAGGGGAGAAACGCAAUGGGAAUAAUGGAAGAUCGUUCUGGAUUAGUAAAAACCAGAUGAACAUUUCCCGAAAAUGCAUAGACCAAGGGAUGUCACCCUACAGUUCCAGUAAAGCGAACGAACAGGGAAAUAUCCUCCUAACAACCCAAAGGAGCAAAUUUGCCAGAGGAAAGUUACGCUUAAGGAUAAGUGGGAAGAAUAAAAUAGACAAAAUGUCGCAAGUACCAGUGGAGGAAGAACUAAAUGACGAUUCCACUUCCCCUUUAGGCGAUUUACUCAAAGGAAUAAUGCCCAGAGGAGGGGGAAAAAAAAAAGUUAACUACAGAGCGUUAGUAAUGAAGAACUACAAAAAUAGGGUCAAUCAUGAGCGACAUGCGGAUCAACAUAAUGAGAAAAAAGAAGAAUCAAAAGAGGUAGCGGUAGAUUACGAUAUAAUGUCGAAGCAUAAGAGACAAAAAGGAAACCCUCACGUGCGAAUAUGUGUCAAUAAAGGGAAUAUACAAUACUCUGAUCCGAAAUACACUAUCGAUUCUGUUCAAGAAUGUGCAUCUCUUGACAGAAAAAUGCAGAAUUACCUAAAUGAGCAGCUUAAAUAUUAUGGAUCCAAAUUGAGAAGGGAAAACCUCGAACAUGUUUGUCUCUUCCUCCGGAAAAGGCCUCAAGGGAGAGUUCCCCAUGGCGCGGCCAGGAGCCACCGCAUUGAUGAAGAUGAAGAGCCAAACGUGCCAACCCGCCCGUGUAAAAAUUGCAGAAAGGAGAUAAACCUCAGAAGCUACAUAAUGGAAGGAGAUGACAAAAAAAACAGCGCGAGGAUGAUGACUAAUGCGAGGGACAUGGCCCCUGCAAUAUCGGGCGAAAUAAUGAAACAAAUGAGAGGUCGGGAGAAAGAAAGAAAUGAGGGACAAACGAGGAAUUUAGCACACAAAAAUAAACUGACAGACGAGUUAAAAAAUUUAAAAAAAUUGCAAAAAGAGCAAAUCAACUUCUUCACAAUUUACACACAUUUAACCAAUGAAAAAAAGAUUUUAAAGAAGAUACUAAACCGACAAACAAGGGACAAUAGAAAAAAUUAUUCAAAAAAAUUAAUUCAAGUAAAAAAAAAUAUUACCAAUUUUGUUACCCUUUUGGAGCAAAUUCUUGCAAAAAUAGACGCAGAGAAAAAGGGGCCAUAUGCCCCAACAUACCAUGGAGACAGACACUAUCAUAUUAGUUGCCUCCUAAAAUUGGUGGAGGACGUUAUAAGUAUUGUAGCCGAUCAUUUCUGUCACGUGGAAUAA